AUGGAUGUCAGUCAGCACCUGAAGCUGCAGGCUAGUGUGGAGCCAUUGGCUCUAGAGUUACAACCAUUGAGGGAUGAGAUGAACUCCAUCAAAGAUGAAGUAAUGGAGUUGAAGCGAAAGUUUGACGAGAAACCAGAUGAGAGUCACUGCGAUGGGAGUGUGGCAAAGAAAACCAAGCAAGGUGGGGAUGCCGCAAUUUGGCUGGAAAAGCUCCAGGAGUUGAUGCGGCAGACUUUUCACCACAUACUGGGGAUCACGUCAAAGACUCCUGGAAUGACAAUAGAAGGGGAACAGAUCCCUGACCCCCUGAAGCCAGGGGAAUCCCUGCUGAAGAGAGCCGAUGGGACUCCUCUCUUCUGGCCAGAUUGGCGAAAAUAUGCAAAUCACAAACUGAACGAGCCUGCGAUCAAUGAGGCUCUCAGGCUCUGUUUGGACAGCCCAAAAUUUAAACACCAUAUAGAAGAGAAGACCCUUGAUGAUCAAACAAUCCGCAAGGGACUCAUCCAGUACUUCAAGCACCUGCGACAUGUCUGGACAAUGCUGCAAAAGGCUGAUGGUUGA